UCGCUUAGACACUCCUCGCUGUUUCCGUUUAGACUCAUCCGGGUGCCUUUGCAUGCUCGCUGCUUUCGACGAGAUUUCUCGGGCACAUCCUCAUACUCGUGGCUGUUUUGGGGCAGUGUGAGUGAACACUAUCUCCACCAUGACUGACACCUAUGAUGUUCAUGUUCAAGAAAAAAGACACAUGUUACCAGAUGAAUGGGUUGAUCGAUGGAAGGAUGGAAGAAUUGGAUUUCAUCAAGAUAUUGUCCACGAGUUACUUAAAAAAUAUCUUGAAAAAAUUCUGAAUGGAAGGAAAGGAAUUCGAUUCUUUUUUCCUCUUUGUGGAAAAGCUGUUGACAUGAAAUGGUUGGCAGACUUGGGUCAUACAGUAUUUGGAGUAGAUGUAAGCGAGAUUGGGAUUAAAGCUUUCUUCAGUGAGCAAAAUAUUCCCUACACAGAAGAGCCAGUGGGUACAAUACCAGGGGCCAAAUUAUUUAAGAGCACAGAUGGAAAAAUCUUUUUGUAUAAUUGCAACUUAUAUGACUUUACCAGCUCUGUUGCUGGGCGCUUUGAUGGGAUAUGGGACAGAGGCUCCUUGGUUGCUAUUAAUCCUUCUGACAGGCAACGCUAUGCUGCCCUGAUCAUCUCUCUAAUGGACACUGACUGUCGCUACCUUUUGGAUACUUUUCUGUACAAUCCAAAUCUUUAUAGUGGACCACCAUUCUUUGUUCCAGAUGAAACAGUACAAGAUUUAUUUGGUGAAAUGUGUUCCAUUCAGCUGUUGGAUAGUGUUGAUGCUCUAUCUGAAAAGCAAAAUAACUGGGGUAUUGAUUCUUUAACCGAAAAGGUGCAUCUGCUGACCUUAAAGAAAAGCUCUUCAUAAUCAGGCUAUGUGUUAUAUAUACAACUAGCAAAAUACCCGCGCUUCGCAGCGGUGAAUUACUGCAUUCAAAUUUUUAUUAA